GACUUUAUCGAUGUCUUAGACUCUACUAAGGCCAAUAUUCUACCGCUAUAUCGUAAGACCGAUUAUACUAUCGAGCUAUUACUAGGUACAACACUACUAGUAGGGCUUAUUUACCUAUUAGCUCGAAAGGAGUUAAAUAUCUUUAAGGAAUACCUUUAUAAAAACUUAGCGAAAGGAAUCUUAGAGCCUAGCUACGAGCCUAGGCUUAAUAAAAUUAUAAGGAAGAACUGCUAUCUAUUGCCCUUAAUCUUAGAGAUCUUAAACUAUAUAAUUGGUAUUAAGUACUUUAGUAAGUUAGAUGUUAAAGAGGCCUAUUACCGAAUC